UGCUUGGUUGCAGGCUGUUGUCAAGUGGGGCCUCCAGGCCCACCUGGUGAACCAGGUGCUGAUGGUGAGAAUGGUCUUGAUGGUCAGCCUGGGAAUGAUGGGCCUCCUGGAAAAGAUGCGGAGGCCGAUAGUUCAUCGGAGUUUACGCCAUGUGUCAGAGAAUGCCCGCCAGGACCAACUGGUCCUCCUGGACCCCCUGGUGAUAAAGGACCCAAAGGAUAUCCUGGUGAAAUUGGCGAACCAGGCGUUCCAGGGAAGCCAGGAGAAAAAGGACCACCCGGUAAAAUGGGUCCGCAAGGGCCGCCUGGGAUUGCAGGUAUGCAGCAUGUUCUCGUUUUCCAAGAUGACUGGAUGUAUGCGUGGACUUUUUUUGCUAUUUUUUAUCUGUUGGCGUGA